GAGGUUCCGAUGUUUUUGUUUACGUUCUUAAGUUAACCUCAAAAUUCCCCUAACAAAAACGCGAAUUUCUUUUAAGAUAUUUAGUCUACCCACACAAAUCGAGCUGGCAAUUGCCUUGCAGCAAAGCCAUCAAUAAGAACAAGAACAAGAUAUUUAGUCUAUUGCGGGUUGAAAGUGACGCCCACUUAACCCAUAAUCGGCGGGGAAUGUCCGAAAGCGAUUUCGUCCCCACUAGGGCUUCCCUGCUAAAAGCAAAGUCCCAUGAGGCAUACCAAGAAGUCCAAUACGUAUCAUACAAAUCCAAAAAGAAGGAAAAGCCUGAAGAUGCCAAGAAUAGGAUAGAAACUAAUGCGGAGGAUAAAAAUGAAUUUAAUAUUUAUAAGGCAAAGAGAGAGGUUAUGCAGUUUGGAAUAUCUGGUUUUGAUACAGCGAAGAAGGAGGAGGCUAAGAUUCAACAGCUCAUCAAAUUAGGGGCAAAACCACCGAAGAAGAAAAACAAAAACUACAAAGAGCUGUUGAAAGAGAAGAAAAUGGAGAAAGAAAAGAAGGAAAGUACACAGCAGUUUCAACAGUUAGGGAAGAACAGUAUGGGGAAGUCGGUUGCAAAAGGGAAGAGCUAUGACAGGAAGAGGCGAAGGGAAGGGAUUUUAGACAUUUAUGGGAGAAUUAUUAAAGAUAAAGAUAGGGCUAAAAUGUUUACUGCAAGGAAAAACAAAUAAAUUGUUAAUGUUAAUAAAGUUUGAUAUCCUUAGUGUAAAA